AUGUUAGGAACGGGAUUGUGCUUUCUGCUGGCGUUGCUGCUGGCGGGAACGGCCGUCGCGCUCCUGCCGGAGGAUCUGGAGGAUCGCGCCGUUCCGGUCAGCCUUCAGGAAGAGUGCGCCUCGAAAUGCCCGGAUUUAGACCUCACGCAGAAUCGAACGGACGACUUGAGCUCGGAGGUAGGAUGUGGCGUGAGAUGCAAGAUCGAUCAGUGUACGAAAGGCUGCGAAGCAUGGGAACAAGCGCUCGACACAAGCUGCCAAGCCGUAUGCAAUGGAACGCAAGAAUUGUUACCACCGAAGGAAUUGUACUGCGUUUUGGGCUGCCACGACGCGUUAAAUCGUUACUUUCAGCAGCUCAAAGUGGAAAUCGGCAUUCCACCAGCGCCGGCAUUGGUUGCGGACUCGUUGACGGCGACGUCGCUCAGCCUCGAAUGGAAAGGCGUAGACAUAGACAGACGCGCUGGCAUUUCAUACUUGGUGCAAUGGAGAUACGAGGAAUUGGCUGAAACGUGGCAGUAUUGCCGCAAUCAGUCAUGGGGCGAGGGUGAUCAGAUACUGGUCGAGAAUCUGCAGCCGUACACUAAGUAUAGGUUUCGCGUAGCGCUGCUCCUGAAAUCGUCGCAGCACAAUCCGGAGCCGAUCGUCUCAGCGCCGAGCGUGGUAAUAUUAACGUACGCGGCCGAUCUGCCGACAUCAGCACCGGUAAUUGUAAGAGCUGCGGCGGUAGACAGUUACCGCGUCUCUGUGUCUUGGGAACCAGGCCCAUUCCCGAACGGGCCACUUUUGUCUUAUGUCCUGCGCCUGCAAGGGGUUGAACACAAGGGGUUGAACCAGCUUAAGGAUAUUCCAGUCUCUGAAAAUACCGAUCACUACAUGUUUCAAAACCUUGAGCCCAAUCAGAAUUAUUCUGUUAGCGUGACUAUGAGAAACAGUGUCGGCGAGGGUCCGCCUGCAACAAUCUAUAUUUCUACGACUCCAGAACCUACCGUCAAGGAUACUCAACAACCGAUUCUCAUCCUCGGCGGUGAGCAUUUGGUCAUGAAGCAGGGUGCUGAUAUGCUGGACGAGCCUAGCGUCGUUUACGAAACCGAAAAUGUGAUUCGCGGCGUGGCAAUACACGUGGCAUCAGCUCAGUUAUUCGUUUCUACUUCGACGGGUUACGUACAUCGAACUACGAUCAUCGAGCGGUCCGCACCGAAAGAAAUCUUAAUCCCCAACGGAGUGAACUUCAAACCUCUGAGCCUGUCCGUUGACUGGCUGAAUCUUCACCUGUACGUCUUAGGGGAAGUAAAACACGCGACGACCGCGACGUGGCAAAUAGCUAGAUGCAAUCUCGAUGGCAAGAGUUUAACAGUGGCCGUAGCUGGACUCCUAACUCGACCCUCACAUAUCGAGAUUGAUCCGUACAACGGAUACCUUUUCUGGGUUACUAAAGCAGGACUGUACAGAUUAGAUUUAGCCGUUAUCAGCAACGGUGUGAAGCAUGAGGUUCGACCGGAUUUAAUUCUCGAAGAUGCUCAUUUAGGUGCCUUCACGGUAGACCAUACGAAUUUUCGAUUGCUCGUUCCCGAUCACACUAAAAAUACAGUCAUAUCCGUAUCGUUAGACGGCCGCGAAGUUGUUAAUCUUCGCCCCAAUACGCAGAAACCGAAAUUUGAUAACGUUAUUUCGCUAGCCAUGGCAAACGGACUGUUCUACUGGACCAAUGGCGAAGAGGUCCUUACUGAAGGCUAUCAUGCUGGUCAAAACAGAUACUUCCACAAUUCCUAUCCUGACAAAUCCGACACUUCCUUCGUAAGCGUGACGGUACUGAUGAAUGCAAGUCAGCCGGUCCCAGUGCCAGUGAAUCCACCGACAGGAGUGCAAGCUGUUCUAGGGGCGGAAAGAGCAAAGGUUUCAUGGCAGGCUCCUCAUUUACUAGGCGGCCAAGGAAAGGGCGCCUGGCAAAAUUGGUCGUACGAGCUCGAAAUCAAGGACGAAUCUACUGGCGAAACUAUCCAUCAAACGGAUAUCGCCGGAUCGUCUCACACUGUUCAUAACUUGCGAGAACGAUCGGAAUACUCUAUCAAAGCCGCAGCCUACACCAGCGCCGGCAGAGGACCGUGGUCCACGGAGUUUCGUGGGCAAACCUUAAGAAACGGUUCACAUGCGUCUAUCUUGUGGUCAUCGAACGAGGGAAUUUUGAAAAGUGACGUAACCGGCGAAAAUAUCGACACGCUGGUUAAUAAGGCGAGUCUAAAGGAAUCCGAAAACGAAUUCCACAUUGUUGAUAUUAGUUGGUACAAGGACGUGCUGUACAUAGUAGGAAAUAAUUCCGCAUUGUAUCGUUAUAAUGUCAGCAAUCAUCAGAAAACAAAGCUCAACAUACAUUCGGUGGGAAGCGUCGCCGUGGAUUGGAUAUCGAAGAAACUCUAUUGGGCAAAUCCAAAACAGCAGAUUAUAACAAGAGCGAACCUGAAUGGAUCUCAGCAAGAGCCGAUGUCUAUCUUAGCAAUUGUAAAAGAGCUCAUGAUUGACUCUCUUGAGGCGUACUUGUAUUGGUCCACUGGCCACGCAGUGGAAGUUGCACGACUGAAUGGACAAGACAGGAGAUACUAUCACUUGGAUGAAAUUUUCAAUGGAAAGCAAGUGAUGGGAUUAACUCUCGACACUGAAAACAGACAUGUUUACUGGAUCGUUCGUAGUUACGAAAGCGGAUCCAUCGUCUACCGUGCACCUACGUCCGAAAGAAUUCCGAUGAAUCGAAAGAUCAUUCCGGAAAAGGUUUCUGCUUUGCAACAUCCGAACAUGCAAGGACCUUUGUGCUAUUUUUCUGAGCACUUGUUGUGGCUACAGGACGACAGAAAUGCAGUGAUCGGUGAUCUUUCCGGUCAGAAUACUGCGGUAAUCAACGGGAUCACUUUGUCCAGCUUGUACAUGGUAGCCAUUACGGAUCCCGCGCAUCAUCAGUAUCCGAAAAAUUUGACGUCAGAAACAGUGAUAGUUCUACCGAACGCAGUCGACUUCGAUAGUAUAAGAGUCGAAGGGACCUGGAGAAAUUUUAACAUAUCAUGGGAUCCCGUGAAGAACAUUAAUUACGGCACGGUUUUUUAUGAGGUGAAAUUCGCGGAUUACAUCAACACGAAUUCGAAUCCGGAAAUCACGAUCGAAACGACAAUGCCGUACAACAAUUCAGAUCAGAUCCUCCCUUAUUCCGUUCUCGAAGUCACUGUGAAGGCAUUUACUUAUUGGGAAACGGCGCAUCAUUCUCGGAAAAUCCUGAGAUCUCCACAGAGCGUGCCGAGCCAGCCAACAUCUCCCAGAGCAUUCAUAGAGUUCAGCAAGAAAAACAUAUACAUGGACAUGAAAAUUUGUUUAAUAUUUAGAUGGAAUCCGCCCGAGUUUACAAAUGGAGUAAUACAAGGAUACAUUGUCCAAUGUUGGCACGUCGUGAACCAGGAGAGAGUAUUUAUCUGCAACAACUGCAGCAUCUCAGCUACGAAGCUCGAGUAUGCGACUAAUGUAACAUCUAACACGACUUAUUACUGCAAAGUACGAGCAUAUACUGAGAUCGGUGCCGGUCCUUACACGGAUUCCAUUAAUGUGUCGACCGCGUACGAGAAUCCGGUGCCGAAAUUAUUAGUCGCCACGAUUGACGCUGUGAGAUUGUCGGACUUGGACAGGGAGAUUAACGAUACGAUCACCAGGCAUGUUGCGAAAGAGAUCAAUUAUUUGAGAGAGGAGGAUAAAAUUUAUUGGAUCAGCGAGAUGCAGGAACUGGUGACAUCGUUGACAAAUGGAAGCAACGCGACAAAAAUACUUGCUCUAAACCGAACCGACACGCACAGCCUCUGCGUCGAUUGGGUAGCGAGAAAUCUGUACUGGGUGGAAUGCGAAGACAAGGACAAUAACAAAAACAGUUAUAUCAAAAGAUUAGAUUUAACAAUGUGGCAGGCAGGUAUAAUCAAAUACAAAAGUAUCUUAAGAAGAGGAGGAUUAAUCACAGUUCUGGAUAUCGUGCCAUCUCUGGGAUCUCUAUAUUGGAUUGAGCUAAGUGAAAGAAGUAUAAUGCAGUCGGAUUUCGAGGGGAAAAAUGUGCAAUACUUCUUUAGAAAUAACGGUAGCACGUGUACCUGUCCACAGAAACCGAAGAAUGUAUCCACAUUCACAAUUGACAAGACCAAUAUUGAGAAACCGAUGAUGUAUUGGAUAUCGGAUAGGGACCAAUUAAACGUAGCCGAUAUUCAUGGCUGCGCGUGCAAAGUGAUAUUAAGAGCGAGCUCCAGUAUACAGAUUUUGACGGUCGACAAAAUGAAUAUAUACUGGUACGAUGGAAGAAAUCAAAUCCAUUUUUUGAGAAAAGAAUAUUCCUUCGCGGGGGACAAGGAAAAUGUGUCCAAUCUGGAAGUGAGGAACUUCUACCUGCCUAAUGUACAUCGGAUCACAGCCUUCGGUACAUCCUUGCAACCCUAUCCCAUCAUGGAAUGCCUGAUACCCCGCCAAACGGGCUAUAACGUUGAGAGGGUGAGCGAAACAGCAAACAGCAUCAUUGUUAGUCUUCCGGAACCAAAUCCUGAGUACGGAUGUCAGAAGUAUAGUUUACCCACUACGCUGUACACUAUCAACGUAUCCCACUGUUUGAAGAACGAACCGAGUAAGUGUGACGAGAUCAGGGUGCAGACGUACGAGAGGCGUUACGAGAUUCAGAAUUUGAAGCCAUUUACGGAGUACAAGUUGAAAUUGGCGCUGAGCAAUCUGUACGAAAAAACCUUGGAAUUCGGCGAGGCAGUGAUGCUGAAGACCAGCGUCGGCAAGCCCAGCAGGCCGGAGAAUGUCACGAUUCAGGCCCUAACACCAACGUUAGCGGAGAUCUACUGGAUGCCACCCAAGAUGCUGAACUCCGCAGUGGUGCACUACGAGGUGCACUGGAGAUCGAAUGAUCUCUUGCAGAACGGCAUGCGGCAGAAGGGCGAGCAACUGAUCGAAGAGCCGAAACGCACGGCGGACGGCAGGUUUUUCACGACGCUGCAGCCGUUGCUGCCAGGACAGGAGUACCUGGUGUACGUGCGUGUGUAUCCUGCCAAUUUCAAUGACUUCUACAACGACAGUCUCAGGCAACGUAUCCGCAUGUACUCGGAGCCGAACGAUUUAACGAUGAACGGGGUCAGCGUAAACAGCAUGAACAUAUCCUGGACCCCGACCGUCAACCUAACGAUUGGCUACGUAUUGGAGUAUCAGGAUGUCGCGAUGGAGAAGUGGCAAGUCGUGCAACACGUUGAGGUGAACGAGGACCAAGUGAUGUAUCGUAUAGAAAAUUUGCAGCCACGUACCCUGUACAAGUUUCGCUUGAGGCUGAGAUAUCCCAAGUAUCAAGACUUCAUAUGGGAACCAUCCGACGGAAGGUUUACAUUUCAAACACUCGGUGACGUUCCGAGCGCUCCAGGGGUGCCUGUGGUAACGAAAUUCCGAAAUUCCGUAUAUCAGUUGAAUUGGGAAGCCGCGCAAGCUCAUGGCUCACAGGUGACUUUGUAUCGACUGGAAGGCUUGGUCGUCGACGACAGCUACAAGCAAGAUGACGGGAGUGAAGAGGACGAGCACUGGGAUUUAUAUUACAAUGGAACAGACAACUAUUGGAUAAUCCCCGGAGACGUGGAUCAGAAGUAUAAGUUUCGCGUGCAGGCGAAAAAUGCCUACGGUUUUGGCGCCUGGAGUAGAUCGAGCGCGAUCGUUGAUCUAACGGAGUCCGCCGGAGGAAUAUUGGCUACGCAACAGCAUCUACCGCUGAUGCUGGGCCUCAUCGCGAUCGUUAUCACUAUAAUGUUCGUGUGUUUUUGUUAUUUUUUCUGCCCAGUGUACCGACAACGGAAAGAAGACAAGAAGACAGUUUUGCCUCCGAUAGUAUCCGAUGUCGAAUUAGCGACCCUCCGCGAGAUCCCUCGCGGAAACUUCGUUCAAUCUAACGCGCUUUACGCGUCUACGCUACAAAGUGAUCCGGAUGAUUCUGCUCUGCCUAAAAUCAGACAAGAACAAAUCACGCUGGCAAAGUUCCUAGGCAGCGGCGCAUUCGGAAAGGUAUUUCAAGGAAAUGCCAAAGAUUUAGAAGGACCGGGCAUAACGCCCGUUGCCAUAAAAAUGCUACGAAACGACGCCUCUUCGCAAGAGAAGACGGAAUUCUUGCAAGAGGCCAGACUCAUGAGUCAUUUCCGCCACAAACACGUGCUCAGGUUACUGGGCGUCUGCUUGGACACGGAUCCUCCGUUACUCGUGUUGGAAUUAAUGGAGGCCGGUGACUUGCUGAGCUAUUUAAGAGAAAGUCGCUCCUUGCAACCCACAGACCCGCACGCUCUGCGUCUGCAGGAUCUGCUCGGCAUGUGCGAGGACGUUGCGCGCGGCUGUCGCUACCUGGAGGAGUUGCACUUCGUGCACAGAGAUCUCGCGUGUCGAAAUUGCCUGGUGUCUGCGAGAGAUCGUGAAAAUCGCGUCGUGAAAAUCGGCGACUUCGGACUAGCCAGGGAUAUCUACAAGAAUGACUAUUACCGCAAGGAAGGAGAAGGUCUGCUUCCUGUUCGCUGGAUGGCACCAGAAUCCUUGGUGGACGGGGUAUUCACUUCGCAGAGCGACGUUUGGGCGUUCGGGGUGCUAAUGUGGGAAAUUACGUCGUUGGGUCAACAACCCUAUCCUGCCAGGAACAAUCUGGAAGUGUUACAUUACGUACGUGCGGGCGGCAGGCUGCCGAAACCCCUCAACUGUCCACCGACGUUACACCAGCUGAUGCUCCGUUGCUGGAGCGCAGCGGACGCCAGGCCGAGCUUCAAAAUUUGUCUCGAGAGCAUUGUCAUUCUGAGAAGUCACAUAGAGGAUGCGGUGUUGAGCCCGGUACACGCUGGACACUAUCUGGCACGCAGAGGAAACUCGUGGAAGUCCAGUAGUUCCGAAGGAAGUCGAGAUAUGCAACCCUUCUUACAAAACUCAAACAACGCUACGCUCAAUCCGCAAUCCGGCGAGGCUCCGAAGUAUCUAGAAUUAUUAGCGGAUAACGAAGACAUCGUCUUAAGGGAGAAUCCUACGAACGGUUACGAAGUGCCUCGCUCAAUCCACAUCUCGGAUCAGAACCUGGCAAAUAUAAGCAGAAUUAGUUGUACGAGUCACGAUCGUAAGAGCAGCCUGCCCACGGAGACUACAGAAGAGCAGAAGGAAUGUUCGACGGAGGAACAGAAGCAGUUUGACGGAAAGUUGUACAAAAGAUCAUCGAUCUCUAGUCUAAACUUACCGGAACGAAAGGGCACGUCGGUUUCAGGAAUUCCGGAUAAAUGCAAUACCUUAGACAGCUCGAAAUCUGCGGGCUCGAUCGCGAAGGCGACCCUGAAAAGAGACUCCUUCUCUUCCUUGAAUGGCCAGCGAAAGUACAAGACCAACUUGGGUGAGCGAAGGGACUCCGAGGCGAGCAUUGAGGGUAGAAGUUGCAGCUCGCAUAGUCUGGCACCAUCCACACGUCCUAGUUCGUCCUUAAUCAAUUCGCAGACAGUCCUACCGUCCUCCCUGAAGACUAACGCCGUCAUCACGAACAACGUGAACGAGGAAGUGCCUUCGGGCGAGAGCGCGGCGACGAAGAGUAUAUUGCCGAAGGUCCAGAGGACUCACUCGAACUUGCAGAAUGGCAAGGCGAAUAUACCGCUCGUAAUAAACAGCACGUUGCUGAAUUUAUUGCGGCAAACGCCCGUCGUCGAGGAUGGCAAUAAUAUCGUCACGUAUACAAAUAUAAACGUGGACGCAGUCAGAGUGAAUGGAUCGUGAGACGCCGAUCGUGGCAAAUCUGUAGAUUUACGCAAACAUUUCGUAUAAAAAUAAGCGUGAUUCGUACGAAUCGCUUCUGAGCUUGAAUGACAUAAAUUGAGGCAAUUAAAUGUUCCAAUAUUUAUAAAGUAUGAGAAUAUAUUUCUACAUACAAUCACUCAUAUUAUUUUUAAAGCAAGGUUUUUUGAAAUGUGAUAACCAUAGUAGACCUAUUCUUCUCUAGAAACUAUUCAGAUGGAUUUACCUUGUAGCUAAAAAAUUACUCGAGACAGUCGCUACGAUUUUGCUCAAAUUCUCUUGUUUCUUUUCUCUUUUCCUAACGCGGUGCCUUAAAUAUAUCAAACUAUAUACGAACAUACAUUAAGCUCUGCUUAUACAAUUAAUGUCCAAGUAUUCUAUAUAUGAAAAUAAAAGAUAGAAGGAGCAGAGGUGACAAUAGCUUUAAACUGCCAUUUUAAUGUACAUACAUGAAUUUUUAUACUCAAAAAUUUGUCACGCAGAUAUGGCAGAUCGUUUUGGAACGUAUAAAUUCGCAACUUUAGUAAUAAUCGCGAAACUGUUAUUUAAU